AAGAAUUGGGGCAGACAUCCCUCCCGACCGCGGUGCGGCUCCGGCUCAUAUAUACAACCCGGUCCCCAAAGCCCACGCACACACACACUUUACUUCUUGGCUCUCGCCAACAAUCUCGCCGCCGCCACCUGGUCCACCUCGCCGGCUGCAAUGUCGGCGCACCUCGCCGUCGCGCUGCUCCUCGCCCUCCUCACCUCGACUGCCCACACCUCCGACGUGCCCUCGUUCCCGCUCUCGCAGGCGCAGUCCCCGUCCAACUCCUCGUCGCCGUCCAACGCCUCCUCGCCGCCCUGCCACCUCGACCUCUCGGCCGAGCUCUUCGGCGGCGUGGCCGCGGCGUGCGGCGCGGGGGGCGGGACGGGCUCGCUCGACCGGGGGCGGUGCUGCCCCGUGCUCGCGGCGUGGCUGUUCGCGGCGCACGCGCGCACCGCGCUGUCCGUGCCCCCGGCGCCCCCGCCCUCGUCGCUCUCGGGCGAGGAGGGGCUCGGGCCCGGGGACGACGGGCCCAUGGUGCCGUACGACAACCAGCGGUGCGUCGACGCGCUGGGCGCGGCGCUGGAGAAGCGCGGGGUGGCGCUGCCGACGCCCAACAAGACGUGCGACACCGUGCUCUGCUUCUGCGGCAUCCGGCUCCACCAGAUCGGCUCGCUCCGCUGCCCCGCCGCGUUCGCCGUCGGCGCGGCGGCCAAAAACGCCACGCCCACCGCCGCCGUCAAGGACCUGGAGAAGAGCUGCCGCAACGCCUCCUACUCCGGCUGCUCCCGCUGCGUCCAGUCACUGCAAAAGCUGAAGGGGAACGUGAGCCGCGAGGUCUCCGGCGGCGACCGCGCGCGGCGGAUGCUGGGGCGGGACUGCCAGCUGAUGGGGCUGACGUGGCUGCUGGCCAAGAACAAGACGGCCUACAUCCCCACCGUCUCCGCCGUGCUCCGCGCCAUGCUCUACGCCGCACACCCGACGGAGUCCGGCUCCGGGUCCGGCGGCGGCGCGGCGCCGCGGUGCAGCCCGGACCAGGAGAACAUGCCGCUGGCCGUGGACUCGCUGCAGUUCGAGCGCACGGGCAGCGCGAGCGCGGCGGCCGCCUCCUCGACGCCGCAGGCCGUCCCCGCCGUCCUCCUCGGCCUCGCGCUCUGCCUGAUGGUGAUGAUCAGCAGAAGGGAUGCGUUUUCCUUGUAAAUUCAGAAAGGCAAUGAUGGCGCUCCGUGUUGAUACACGCGUGUUCUGUAGGAGUAGUAGCUUCUUUUGCAUAGCGGGGAUUGACGGGAAUGAUCGAGAUCUACGGGAUGUGGUGUUGGGGGGCGGUGACUAUGAUGACCAUGUCUAAUCUCGGUGCCUUUUAACCCUGGGGUUAAUCACUUGUUUCUUCGUUUUGUGAAUGGAGCAGCAGAUGAACUGCAGAGUUACGGCGGCGAA